GACAAGCGGCGCCGUAACGGGAAGCAACGCGCGGCUGGGGACCUUGAAGGACCUCUCUUCUGGUCACGAGACACCCUCCCGACACUUUCGUGCCGACGAUAUACGCACCACGCCACCGUCGCCCGCUGCUCAGAUUACCGUUGCUCUCCGCGCGUAUCCACCUCGAUUACCGCAUCCCAAGUGGAUCCUUGGAGGAUCUCGGAGGAUUCGUCGCGUGGACACUCUUGGGACUCCGAGGACCCGCCGAAAGAAACGAAGAUUUCGAGACUGUCGGGGAACCGGAGCCACCGGUUGCCGACUGCAUAACGCGCGAAUAGCGUGUGACGGCGGAGUGAUCGGGUUCAGUGACGUCAUACGAUAAGAAAACAGUCGCGGUCGGUUGUAAACAAAGCAAAGUGAAAAGUAGAAGUAAAAGUAAACAGUGAUCAGUGGAAAGAAAAAUAGGGCAGAUCGUGUUGUCGAUCGAUCGCGAACUUGUGAUUCGUUAGUCGUUCGGUUACACGCGUGUGCGCCGACACGCGGUCGGGUGCCGAGUUGAUGGUGUGACGGGGUAGCAGGUCGCACCUGUUACGAGCGUUGAUGCGUAGCCACGAGGCAUCUAUGUUGGACGACUCGAUCGAUUUGACUUGCUCGUGAACAAUCGUGGCGCCGGGCGGGAACAUUCUGACCGAGAGGUGAUCUCUCUCGAUCAGGUGCGCAAGGCUCGGUGAGGAGCCGAGGAAGGUUCUCGCGGCGGCUGACACCGAGAAGCAGAAAGCCUGUUGCCCCAGGAGAGUCCGUACGGCCUCACGACGCGGUCCGACGAGUGGAGCGGUCUCCUGCCCAGCUCCACGAUCGUGGGUGCUGGGGGGUCGCCAUGGCUCGGACUCGGCGCAGGAGGUGGCACGGGGGCCACCACCGGGGGCGGAAGCCCCGUCGAACUCGAGGGUCACUGGGGACGUAAGCUGUACGGGGCGAGUGUAGCUCCGCCACCGCCGCCGCCUCAUCACCACCCGCGGGCGCCGCUCGUUUUCGCGCCUCAGGACAUGAGGCAGAUACUCAAGGAGGAACCCGUGCCACGUGCUUGGCCGCAGCCUGCGCUUGCCGAUAACGGAACAGUCGGCGUAGGCAGAGCACACUUCGAAAAACAACCACCGAGUAAUUUGAGGAAAAGUAAUUUCUUCCAUUUUGUGAUCGCACUUUACGAUCGACACGGUCAACCGAUCGAGAUAGAAAGGACUUCCUUCAUGGGAUUCGUCGAAAAAGAUCAGGAAUCCGAGGGCCAGAAAACGAACAAUGGAAUCCAAUACAGUUUGCAUCUGCUAUAUUCAAAUGGUGUCAGACAGGUGCAAGAUAUUUACGUGAGGCUUAUCGACUCCGCAACGAAACAGGCUAUCAUGUACGAAGGACAGGAUAAGAAUCCUGAGAUGUGCAGAGUCCUUUUGACUCACGAGGUGAUGUGUAGCCGAUGUUGCGAUAAGAAAAGCUGCGGGAACAGAAACGAAACGCCAAGCGACCCUGUGAUCAUCGACCGAUUCUUCCUUAAGUUCUUUCUCAAGUGCAACCAGAACUGCCUUAAGAAUGCCGGCAACCCACGAGAUAUGAGACGCUUCCAGGUGGUCAUUUCCACGCAAGUAGGAGUAGAGGGACCACUUCUAGCAGUCUCGGACAACAUGUUCGUUCAUAACAAUAGCAAACACGGGCGCAGAGCGAAACGAUUGGAUCCCAGUGAUCCUGGCGAAUACAAUAGUCUCUAUACACCUGUACCUCUUCAAACGCCGUGUAUAAAAGCGAUAUCGCCAAAUGAAGGAUGGACGUCAGGUGGGUCCACAGUAAUAAUCAUUGGUGAAAACUUCUUCGAUGGACUUCAAGUAGUUUUUGGGUCGAUGUUGGUUUGGAGCGAGUUGAUCACACCAAACGCAAUCAGAGUCCAAACUCCGCCAAGGCAGAUACCAGGUGUUGUUGAAGUCACACUAUCUUAUAAGACUAAACAAUUUUGCAAAGGGGCGCCUGGUAGAUUCGUUUAUGUUUCACUAAAUGAACCUACGAUCGACUACGGCUUCCAAAGGUUACAGAAACUUAUUCCGCGACAUCCUGGUGACCCCGAGAAAUUACCGAAGGAAAUUAUACUGAAAAGGGCGGCAGAUCUUGCAGAAGCUUUAUAUAGUAUGCCCAGAAGCGGAAACGCGGGAAUCACAGGUGCCCCAAGGAGUCCAGGAUCGGGCCAUCCACCCGCACCCCCCACCUCCAGUUCGGCGACGGCGUUCAAUUCAUAUACAGGGCAACUUGCAGUGGCGGUACAGGAGAAUGGUAGUGCGGCGAAAUGGACAGACGACGGUAGUUCCGUGACGACAGGAGCCGGUGCUGGAGGCGGCGGUGGCGGUGGUAGCGUUGGAGGAAGCGUCGGUGGUAACGUAGACGCCUAUAGGCAGAGCAGUAGCGCAAGCCCACGUGGGGUUGUAACCGGUGGUGGUUAUUGCGGAAGUUCAGCCAGCACACCUCACAGCCACAGCACCAAUGGAAGCUAUUCAGUCGCUAACCCCUACACCGGUAGCCCAACCCUUUACACGUCACGACUAGGAGAGGUUGUCGGUUCACCAUUCAACAUGAAUCCAUUUAUGUUACCCACCUGCAGCCAAGGAUACUCAAACGCCGCCAGUCCGUUGCUAUCGUCGAGUAACAAAUAGUGUUACGAGAUGUAAGCGCCAACGAAAAUAUCGAGGGAUUGCGUCUUCAGGGAAGCGAAAUCCGCCGAAACGAACUGCUCCAGCGGACUUUAACGUUCUCAUAAUCAUUACAUUCGUGGUUGACAAUCGCUUUCAUGAACUGAAAUCGGUCCUUUCGAUUCAUCGUUUGCUUUUUAUCCCUUUGACUGCGGGUCGAUUUUAGCUAGAAAUUCUAAGGGGUGUGUCGCUCGAACAGGGUCGCGAUCGUAGUUUAAGUGCCCGCGUUAAAACAAUUUUUAAAAAAUAUCACCUUAUAGAGAGUGAUAAGACGAAACUUUCUUAUAUUUACAGUUUAGUUUAGUUUAGUCUAGAAAAUAAAAAUUAAAUAUUUAGAAGUCCUCUUCCCUGAAAUUUCAUUACAUUUUCGAAUUCUUUCAAAUUUCGUAUAGGUACGUAGUCAAAUUAACCGAUUAAUAUUUAAUUGCAAACGAGUAACUGCCAGCUAACGAUGCUUUCCAUUUUCACCGUUAAAAAGUAUCAACGGAAGUUCGCGGUCGAAAUCAACGUUUUUAAUUACAAUUAAUUGUUACAUUUGAAACUAAAUGUCGAAUCAAUAAAUUGUAAAUAUAAAGAACUUUCAUUUUUUCAUUCUCUAUAAGGUGUUAUUUUUUAAAAAUUUUAUCCACUUUACUUAGGGCUCCGGACUUCGUUUCGUUACUGGAUUCCAAUAUAU